AUGUUAACGGAACAAUUCAAUACGACUGCCCUCAUGAGCGAAGAUAAUUCAACUGACAGCGAGUACACGCCUUACGAAGACCGGCUCGAGACGUACUUGGUUCCGGUUAUAUUUGCAAUAAUUUUCAUCGUGGGCGUACUCGGCAACGGAACCCUUGUCAUUGUCUACAUCAGGCAUAGAGGAAUGCGGAAUGCCCCUAACACGUACAUAUUUUCUUUGGCCCUAGCUGAUCUGUUGGUCAUACUUAUCUGCGUGCCAUUCGUUUCGAUUAUCUACACGCUUGAGUCCUGGCCUUGGGGCGAGGCUAUUUGCAGAAUAUCUGAAGCCGGCAAAGACAUUAGCAUCGGCGUCUCGGUUUUCACGCUGACCGCGUUGUCUGCUGAACGCUAUUGCGCGAUCGUCAACCCCUUUAGGAAGCUUCAGCUGAGGAAGCUCCCACUCGUAUGUGCAACGUUUAUUUGGGCAGCGGCGCUUAUCUUCGCUACACCAGCCGCUGUAUUCUCAAAUACUGUAACUGCACAUCUGCACAAUAACAUUACUAUUGUGUACUGUACCCCCUACCCAGAGGGUUGGAAGCAUUAUCCCAAAUGGAUGACUUUGGCGAAAGCGAUAAUAUACUAUUGUUUACCGUUGCUGGUUAUUGCGAUCUUCUAUUCGCUUAUGGCGCAGCGUCUACUUGCGAGCACCAGGGAAAUGCCCGGCGCAUUGCACGGUGGCCAGGGGGAGGCCCAGGCCAAAGCCAGAAAGUCGGUUGCUCUGAUGGUUUUAAUUUUUGUUAUCGUGUUUUUCGUUUGCUUCUUGCCUUAUCACGCUUUUGAGCUGUGGUUCCAUUUAUCGCCAACCGCUCAAACCGACUACAAUGAUUGGACGCACGCGUUGAGGAUAAUAGGAUUCUGUUUGAGUUUCCUGAACUCGUGCGUCAAUCCUGUUGCCCUGUAUUGCGUCAGCGGUGUAUUCAGGCAACACUUUAAUCGGUACUUAUGCUGUCGACGUGGAACUUUACAUCCUACUUGCAGUUCGCGACUAUCAAGAACAGCUAUAUGUGAAACGUCGUUUAGGAGCACUCAUAGACAUAGAUGCAACAGAAAUCCCACAGAGAGCGUUGUGAUAUCAAACUACGAUUAUGGAAGCACAAAGAAGAAGAACAACAUAAUAUCAAGAAACAGCGCAGACGGAGUCACAAUAAUGACCAUAAGGGAACCAAAUGAUUUCCUCACGUGUGACAUAAACGAAAAAUCUAUUAACAGA